GCCUUCUGUAAAUAAGUAGUGUCUGCUUUCUAUCUGAUGAAGAAAAGACUGCAAAUACAGGAUGAGUUUCUGUUGGAGACAGAUUAUAACAUUUUUGCUUUUGGUUCAGUUUCUUUCUUCCUCUCUCUUUUACUGUCCCACCUCCUAAUCUUUCCCAAACAGCCGCAGCUGGGGAACCUGUUGCAGGUGAACCGGACCUUGGGCCGCAAUGUACCUCUUACUUCCCAGCUCAUCUUGAUGCCAAACGGGGCUGUGGCUGCUGUUCAGCAGGAAUCACCUUCCACGCAUGCUCCUGGGGUCCACACAGACACAGACCAGGUGCAGAAUUUGGCUGUCAGGAGCCAGCAGACUUCAGUAGCUAAUGCAUCACUCCAAGCUUCUACUCCGAAGGCUACUUUGCCAGGGAAUUCCCAGUCCUCAGUACUACCCCAAGCUGCCCAUGCUGGCCAGACUUUGACAGUAACACAAGCAUCUUCUGGCAAUGUAGGCCAGUCACUCAAUCUCAGCCAAGGUGCAGCAGGAAGUAAUGGCAUUUCCGGAGGCAUGGCCUCAUCAGUAGGGAGUCAUGCUACCACCGGGCUGAACCAGUCAACUUCAUCUGGCCCAGGAUCCAACUACCAAAGGAAAGGCACUGGUGUAGUUCAGCCUUUACCAGUAUCUUCUGCUCCCCAGGCAGUGACUGUGAGCCAAGGAAGUCAGACAGAGGCAGACAGCGUGGCAGCAAAGAAGGCUGAAGGUGAUGGCAAUGGGCAACAGACUGUGGGCAUGAAUCUGACCAGGACAGCUACACCAGCCCCAAGCCAAACUUUGAUCAGCUCUGCCACAUAUACCCAAAUCCAGCCUCAUUCACUGAUCCAGCAACAGCAGCAAAUUCACCUCCAGAAGCAAGUGGUGAUCCAGCAACAAAUUGCUAUCCAUCACCAGCAGCCAUUCCAGCAUCGUCAGUCCCAACUCCUGCACACGGCUACACACCUCCAACUGGCCCAGCAGCAGCAGCAGCAGCAGCAGCAGCAGCAAGCUCCACCUAUGGCCCAACAGCAGCAGCAGGGGCCACCACAGGUCCCGCCACAGGCCCCGUCUCUUCACGGCCAACAGCAGGCCCAGACUCUUGUUGUCCAGCCCAUGUUGCAGUCACAACCUCAGGCCAUGCAGCUCCAGCAGGACGGUCAUUGCCCAACAGUCGCCAAGACUCCUGUCCCUAUUCAGUCCAAGCCCCCCAUCGCCCCUCUGAAGCCCCCACAAAUUGGUGCUGCCAAAAUGUCAGCCUCUCAGCAGCCCCCACCUCAUAUUCCAGUACAGGUCGUGGGGAAUCGCCAGCAAGGUCCGGCUCAGGCCUUAGGGCUUCCUCAGAUGAACACAGCUGUGCAGGCCCCCCGCAGUGUCCCAGCUUUAGUGCAGCCAGUGUCCCAAACCCAUACAGCGUCCUCAUUGGCCCAGAUCUCUUCCUCCUCUUCCUCUUCUUCGGUAUCAUCAUCACCACCACCACCUACUCUACAAGAAGCCCUUCCUCCGCUCACCGCUGGAGCCAAUGUAACCCAGGGCACAACGCAGAGCAAGCCCCAGGCUUUAGCCGUCAAGCGCAAGGCGGAAUCCGAAGAGGAGAGAGAGGACUGCAGUGCACCGUCUUUACAGGCUGUCAGGUCUUCUCCUGUGGCGGAGAGUCCUAAAACCACGGAGGAUAAGGGUGGCCUUGGAGAGAAGACUGACUCUUUCACCGGUGGUACUCUAAAUGCAUCCCCAAGUGACCCCAACUCUGCAAAUCCAACCAUUGCUUCUGUUCCUACACUGGCUGUGUUGUCACGUCAGACUGGAGAUUCCAAACCUCCGCAAGCCAUAGUCAAGCCUCAGAUUCUUACGCAUAUCAUAGAGGGCUUUGUCAUUCAAGAAGGGGCAGAGCCUUUCCCGGUGGGCUACUCUCAGUUCCUUAAAAACUUUGAAAAGCCUCUUCAAGGGGCCAAUCCUUCUAGGCAGCCUAACAACCAAUGCAGCAACUCUCCUGGAGUAGAGAGUUUAACCGUUGAUCAAGACAAGAAAGGAAACUUGCUGAAAUGUGAGUUCUGUGGCAAGUAUGGCCCCGCCAGUCAGUUCCGUGGUUCCAAGAGGUUCUGUUCUGUAACGUGUGCAAAAAGAUAUAAUGUGAGCUGCAGCCACCAACUACGUCUGCAAAGGAAAAAAAUAAAAGAGCUCCAAGAAGCAAACUAUGCUCGUCGUCGGCGUGGACCCCGGCGCAACAGCUCUGAGAUUGCUCGAGCCAAAAUCCAGGGCAAGCAUCACCAGGGCCAAGAAGAUUCAAGCAGAGGAUCUGAUAAUUCUAGUUAUGAUGAAACACUCUCCCCUACAUCACCGGGACCUCUUUCAGUGAGAUCUAGUCAUGGGGAGCGAGACCUUGUCAAUUCCAGCAUGACUCAGCCCAUUUCUGACUUGCAUGGUAUCAAUCCAGUUUUCCUGUCCAGCAAUCCUAGUCGCUGGAGUGUGGAGGAAGUAUAUGAGUUCAUUGCAUCCCUGCAAGGCUGCCAGGAGAUUGCAGAGGAGUUUCGCUCCCAGGAGAUAGAUGGCCAGGCCUUGCUUCUGCUAAAAGAAGAACAUCUCAUGAGUGCCAUGAAUAUCAAAUUAGGUCCAGCUCUCAAAAUCUGUGCCAAAAUCAACAUUCUUAAAGAGACCUAACACUGGAAUGCAGAUUUUCUUUCUUUCCUAACUGUAAUGAAUACACUAAAUGCAAGAAAAGAUUUCUUUCACACGCUUGUAUCUUGAUGAUACUUGAGGAAGGAAGAACUCCCUUGGAGGCCUUGAAACAUCUUGUGAAAAGCAUAGAAUAUCUUCUGCUGUGCUAUGAAUUGUUCCUGACGGAAAAAGGCAAAAAAAAAAAAAUGGUUCUGUGCUGAAGCUGUGAAUCCUUCCUGUCAAGUUCCUGGAUUCUCAUAUUUUUCUCCCAGUAGGAUCAUUCUUUCCACAUGGUUUCAAUUUUCAGGGGAGCAAUUGAUACUUCAUCUUUUCUCUUUGGAUCAGUAAAGAAAUGUUUUAAAUGCCAUCUUUUCUAAUUGAAGUGUUGAUUGAAGGUAAGUAGUAAAUUGAUUUCAUAUAGAAUACUGGAGGGAACAUUAAUUGAACAUUAAAGACUAGAGCUGGCCCAGGUUUAAUGGGACUCUCCAGAAGACAUUAUUUCUGAUAAUGCCAUCAGAGGGUUUAAAUAUUUUUAAUUCCACUUGUGUCUCUUGUGGUGUUUGGAGAAAAAUUACUCAAGAGCCAAAGGAGAGUCCAACGCAGUUGAAGCUCCAAGUGUUUCAUCCUGCUUUUUAAAAAAUUGUCUUCUUUGGUUUUUGUAUCUUACCCUUUCCCUUAUGAUGAGAGCACAUAUGGGACAAACUUUCUAUCAGGUUUGUAUCUUCUGUCCAAAGCCUGUUUAUUUUUGUUUAUUAAGCAAAUUAUUCAGUAAAAGGAAUGCUUCAUAAACAAUAUUGCAAUCUUCCUGUUGUCUGAUUUUUCUCACCAACUUUUGCACAAUCAGGUUUGCAGCUUGUUUUGAAUUCUCUCAAGCUUUGGUAUUAUUCCAUGAAUUUAAAUUUUAGAAAUGAUUUUGUGAUCUAUUUGUAAAAGUAGAAUAUAUAUCUAUCCAAAAUAUUUAAAAUGCAAAGCUCACCUUGUACUAGAAGAAGAGUUUACAAUGCCAGCAUUGAAAGGUUUUCUUUAUUGACGUGCAGUUCUAUCAGUAAGUUGUUUUUCUAUAUCCAUAUCUACUAUGAUCCAAAUUAUUUCAGCUUUCAACAAACAAAAGAAUGUAUAUGGUAUAUUUCAGCUUCUGGACUUAGCCCGCACUUAUCAGAGUUGUUCCAGCCCUAUUUCCUACCAUUGAAUCCUGCUCUUUUCCUUUGAUUUAGGCCUGGAGGAUGUGUAAAUGUCUUCCAAAGAAAAGUUAGCA